UGUCUUUAACCAUGUUGACGUAGAAGCCAGUAAUAUAUCUCAGUCAUUGGUUCAGGUUUUCUAGUUUCGCGUCGAAGUCAACUUUACACGAUGAAGAUUUCGUUGCUGUUGGUCGUUUUUUCUGUAACAUUUGUAGCGUAUUCCGAAGCCGCAUGUGGCUUUAUGAACAUCCCACGACCCAAGCAUGCCCAUAUGGACUCGUUCUCAACGAAGCACCUACAGGCUGAAUUCAGUUGCAAGGGAAUCUAUAUCGUGCAGACGACAGGCAAGAAGAAACAGCAUGUCAAAUGUGGUAGAGGUGGAUGGGCGAAGCCUAUACCGUGCGUCAAGCCUAAUGAAAGAAUCUACACACAUUGCGAAGCUCCCUCACAAUGGCUGAAGCUGUUUUCAACAUCAUUCAAAAAGGGGAAGUAUCCGAUAGGAGCGGUCGUUCAAGUCACCUGUCGAAAGCACUUCCAUCUGCCUGAUGGAGUGCGUGAGGUGAAAUGUGAAAAGAAGGGUUGGAAUGUUGGGGUGAAUCCGUUGAAAUGCAUUCGCAAUACGUGCAAGGUUCCAACAACAUGGAAAAACACUGUCCUAAAUAACCUAAACAAUGAAUACUGGAGUGGCCGUAGGAUUUUGAUCACGUGUCCAAAGGUUGAACAGAUGGUGGCGCCACUGACGGCCAAGGGUGGAAUCAUCAAAUGUUUACCUGAUGGUAGCUGGAGUGUUAAAGAAGAAGAGCUAUGCAAAAGUGGUGGCAAGAAAUGCGAUGUUCCGAAAGUCUGGAAGAAGCUGUUUCCGAGGCUUCCCUGGAGGGAUGAGUACCUUCCUGGCACGGCACUAAUUCUGAACAAUUGUCCAAGUGGGGUUAACGCAUCAUCGGAAAUGCUCACAACCAAUGGGGUGACGACGUGUAGGACAGGUGGAUCAUGGGACGUCGAGACUCCCUGCAAAGUAAAGGAUUGCAGAAUCCCUAAAUCAUGGCGUAUGGGAAAAGAACAUGUCACCUUCGGCGAGGAAGUAAAACUCCGAACGUGCCCGCCGGGUACAAGAUUAAUCCACGAACUACAAUCGACCAAUGGGAAACUCGUGUGCAAUGCACAAGGAACAUUUGGUAUUGACGUCACGCGUCCUCCGUGUAAGCCAAUUCCGAUGCCCCGUGCCCAACAGCAAUAUGGCGGCGGAAGUCAAGAGGGAACCGCGCAGAGAGACGAUAAUUUCUGCAUAAAUCCGCCCCUUUGGAAACAAUCAUACCCGGCCAUGGCGAAAGCUGGCGACAAAGUUGAAGUCGGAAUGCAAAAUGCGGUCGGCUGUGACAAAGAUAAUGGUUAUCAGAUGACACCUGGGAUCAAGAAGGCAAAGGGAAUCAUUAAAUGCCUACCUGGCGGGAUUUGGAAUGUACCAACUACAGAGUUGUUCUGCGUUCAAGCAGGCACGGACCAGGCGACUGGUAGUUACAACCAGGGGAAUGGCCGAUACGGCAGGAGACAUAAUUCUGACAAUGGCGGUAACACCGGUAGCGCUGGCUCCAGCCAAGGCAAAACAGCUCCCAAUGGCGCGUGCAGGACCCCACCAGCCUGGAUAAGUCUGUUCCCAGAACUCCGGGAGUAUCCAAUCUUCCAAAACGGUAAAGGUUUCGGAGUUAAAACCUGUCCAACGGGAUUGACGUUCACCCAGCAAGCAUUGAAUGUCAAGAAGAGCUUUGAUUGUUUCAAUGGAAAAUGGAAUGUUCCAAAGGGCCCGAUGUGUGUUCGGCCGGAUGGAGGUGCAACUGGCUACGAACAAUAUGGCAAAAAAGGCGGCUACGGACAAAAUGGAAAAGGAGGCGGCUACGGAAGAAAUGAUGGUGGACAUGGCGGUGGACAGGGACAUAGCCACACUAGAGGAGGUGUGAAAAGAUGUGUGAUCCCUGAUCUCUGGAAGCGAGCAUACCAUGUCUUGGCGAAACUCAACAGUGCCGCCAUUGGAGUUACUAUGGAUAUAAGGUGUGCGCCAGGCAGUCACAAGACUCGUGCCGUCCUCAGAGUCAACAGUAAAGUAAAAUGCAUGCCGAACGGCCUGUGGAAUGUCCCACGGAAGGUGUUCUGCGAAGGAGGGGAUGCGGCACCCGGUCACAAUUAUUGAAUCAAUUCCAAAAUAAAUUCGGCUAUUAUAUAACUUAUUAUGCGGCGAACAGAACCUAAACAAAGCAUGUAAAACAGUUAGCAAUUGCACACGGGAAAUCUCAAUGUGCUUUUAUGAAAGUUGUGCACUUAAAAUUUGUUAUGUUUUGAUGUGACAAUAAAGUAAACUUUCACCUG